CCGGGGAGGGAAAGCAGAGUUUCUUUAAGGGAAGGCAUAAAGAGAAGCUGGUGGAAUUUCUAAUCAAUUUUUUAUAAAUAUAGCCUAUAAGCUAAAUACAAAGGUGGUGUAGGCUAGGCUACCUAUUACAAACGAAUAAUGUUUGUAUCACGCGCAAAGUAAUACGACGUUAUAACCACUUUAUAAGAUAUAUCUUGGUGAGGUUUGAGUUUGCCAUCAUUCAGUUCAACGAUUGAUAAAUUAAUGGCUCUGAUAGCAACUGAUCGGAGCUGCGAAUUGAACGGGUCGUCGACAAUUUACGGUAGGAUUGGCACAAGAAGAGAAGGCAAGACAGGCAGAACCGGUAAAAUGCAGCCGAAAGACCCGGAAUAUUCAACAGAUGGGUUACCCAAAGCAUUUUUACACAGUUUAAGGACACUCUUUGACAUCCUUGAUGACGGGAAGAGAGGGUAUGUGCACAUAUCGGAGAUUGAGAGUCGAUGGCAAGGGGCAGAUACUCAUGAUUUGCCCGGCGGGGUGCUGGAGUGCCUGAGGCGGGUGGCCCCACGGCAUGGUUGCCUGACAUUUGAGCGCUUCGUGGCGGGGCUGCGAUACUCCAUGCUGAACCCGGACAACAACAACCAAAUUAAGGGCCAGGCUGCGGUGCAUCCGCAACAAGCACACCCGCACUCCAAACAGCACCAUCUGCCAGCGCAAAAACCUGCCCCGCUCUCUGCCUGCUCUGUCGGAACUCGGAUUGAAAACAAAGUUAUUCCACUGGAUCCGAGCAACGGGACCAACAAUACGAAUCACAACCGCGCGUCCUCACUUCAGAUUCGGUCCAGACAUGAGGAGGGGAAAACUGGAUACCCAGUCACUUCUACCGCAGGUGGUCCCAUGCGGUACACCAAUGCGGGUUAUGAGAGAACAGGCAGAAGUUUGGAACGGAAUCCCAUUGUGCUCGAAAGCGAUUCGUAUCGAGCGGAUUCGGUUCGGGUGGGGAAGCAAGCGCAUCCACAGCAGAGUCGGGUGAGGUCCAUAGAGUCCCUUGCGCUCGAGUCACCAAGCCUCCAAAAACCAAGUAUUGUGGAGGCUGGUUUGCCGAGGUCCCAGAGUGAGUCAGCCACGGGAUUCACUGCCUCCAGACACCAUGGGCGGAGCCGAGAUGAGCAGAGACGCCACACCAUCACCAACGGAGUGGGUUAUGGAAUGCUGAAGCAGAUGAAGGAGUUGGAGCAAGAGAAGGACUCUCUGCUGGCUGGUCUGGAUGUGUUGGAGCGGGCUAGAGAGUGGUACCAGACCCAGAUCCACAACGUCACCGAGAGACAGAGACACGUGGGCCAGAGCAACCACUGCACGGAUUUCUUCACAGAAUCCCAGAAUCAAAGUCGCAUGGAUGUUCUGCUUCCCAAACUGCAGGAAGUCAACCGCUGCCUUAAUGACCUCAUUUCCUGCUCUGGAAUGCAGUCUUUCCCAUUCUCUGGCAACCAGCCCACAGCGAUCUCCUCCAGCUCCCACCCCCCUGCCCCUGCACCCCCACAAGCCAUUCAGAGACUGAAGGACCAGAACCGCCUUCUUACCCAGGAGGUGACUGAUAAGAGUGAGCGCAUCACUCAGCUGGAGCAGGAGAAGUCUGCUCUGAUCAAACAGCUGUUUGAGGCUCGCGCCCAGAGCACGAACGACAGCAGCACCAUGGACUCCACCUUCAUCUGAAUACAGACACCAUAAUACAACUAUACUGGUCUCCAGCUCUAUCUGACCCCCACUCACAACAAGACAACUGCAUCAGACUCAACUCACCACUCCUGGCAUGAUGAAAGCACCUUGAACUUUGACCCCCCCCACUUGACCACUCCCUCUGGAUCUCCCCAACUGACCACUCCACUUAAAAUGGCCUGCCACUAAUCUGGGCCGACCCCUCCUGGGGGGGGGGACUCCCGAGUCCACCCUCACUCUGAUACCGUCAGCCUCACCCACUGGGCAGAAAGCCUGGAACACCAUAGUCUAACCAUUCCUAACUGGGACCUGCCCAGGAUUCCACUCCCCCUCGAUCACUCCAAGGAUCUACUGUGAUCCACUAGGAUCCUACCUUAUUGAACCUGACUUAAUGUUUACCCUCCCUCCCAUCACAGUAUAAGCUAUGUGAUUGGACAUCAUGAACUAAAUCUAAAACCGUUACAUGGAGCUACAGGAUCCCUGCCAAUCACCAUGACAACAGCUCCUGUACAAAUACAUUAGUUGGAGGGAUUCCAUUGGACACACACCACACAAAAUGUAUUUAUUUUAUGAAACAUUUACUCCAGAUACUUUGAUCUCAGUCACACUUUGAUAGAUAUUUCUCCCAUUGUAUUCCAAUAUAUCCACUUGUGUAUCUCAAACCUAAUUGAAAUAGUUGGUAAGAUGAGAAGCUGGGCUCUCCUGACCUGGAGGAGCUUACUAGUUUGUAGAGAGCUUAACCCUAAGGAGGACACCAUGACUGUAUAGUAUCUCAUUUACUGUUUGUCACUCUAUGUACCCUUUAAGUGGGCCAAAUGCACAUGACGUGAAGCACUAGUACAUAUAGCCACCAUUUUAAUAGUAGAACAUGAGCAGCAUGUAAAUGUUGUUUUGUUUCCCUUAAAAUUAAUUAAUUGAGAGCACUAGAAAAGUGACACAUGUCCUACAAGCCAAGGAGAUCUAGUAGUGGAGAGGGUAGGAGAGAAGUUUGCAUGUAGAAGAGACUUGAAGAUGAGAAGGAUUGGUAUUUCAUGAAUGUGUUUGAGCCCUGGUCCCUGGUGGCAGAGGGACCACUGGAACGGGACAGGUCUCAGAGAAGAGUAAUGUUGGAUUGGCUAGUGGGAAAAAACAACUCCUCCUUGGUUGAUAGACUUCAAAUGUAAUGUAAUGUGCUGUAAUGAUUCAUGCAAGACUGGCUUUAUAGUGCCACUUCCUCUCUGUCUUCCUACAGAGGUGUCUCAGAGCCUUUGUGUCAAAAAUGAGUAAUGCAAUGUUAGUACAGGAUGAACAGAAUGUGGUUUGUGAGACCUGGUUUGCUGAGAGGUUAAGACCAAGCAAAGAUACUGCUGCUCUUUCAAUGCUGUACUUAUAAUGGUCCCACCAAACCAGAAUCUAAACCAGUGGUCUCAUAAACCACAUAGUCAUCUGGGCCCAUUCAGUCUUGAAUCCCUUUACAUUUCUAAUUGAGAAUAUGUUUUUUAGUGGCAGUAAUUGCUAUGUAACGCAACUAUGUAAUGAUUUUGCAAUGCAACUCUUAUUAGGUACUGUUGUGAUGUCUGCGUAUAAAUACUAUCUGCUGUGACUGACUGCCUAGCUGUCUCUCCUGUUAGAUUGUAUGUAUUUGGUCUUGUGAUUAUCUUGCUUCGCAUUGUAUGUUAGUGAAUGCCACCCUAUCCUUUCCUCUUUCUAUUGUAGUAUUCCCACUUGACUAAAAUAAACAUGACCAAAAGAUGCCAGUAAGGUCAUAUAAUCAGC